CAAAAUUUGUGCUUCGUUUCUGUUUUCCAGGACUGUUCCCUGCCGUGUUAAACCUGGCCACUAUGGCAGACAUCACAGCCAACGCCACCUGUGGCUCCACCAGUCCAGAGAUGUUCUGUAAGCUGGUGGAACACGUACCGGGCCAGCCUGUGAGGAACCCACAGUGUCGAAUCUGCAAUCUCCAAAGCACCAACUCAUUUGAGCGACAUCCCAUCGAAUACGCCAUAGAUGGAACCAACCGUUGGUGGCAAAGCCCCUCCAUUAAGAACGGGAUGGAGUAUCACUAUGUGACGAUCACACUGGACCUGAAGCAGGUCUUCCAGAUUGCCUACGUGAUAAUAAAGGCUGCCAACUCACCACGUCCAGGUAAUUGGAUCUUGGAGCGUUCAAUAGACGGCGUGACUUUUGACCCAUGGCAGUACUACGCCAUCACAGACACCGAGUGCCUGACAAGGUUCAACAUCAACCCGCGGACCGGACCGCCAUCCUACACCAGAGAUGAUGAAGUCAUCUGCACGUCUUUUUACUCUAAGAUUCACCCGCUGGAAAACGGAGAGAUCCACACAUCGCUGAUCAAUGGUCGACCCAGUGCUGAAGACCCAUCCCCAACCUUGUUGAACUUUACUUCUGCCCGCUACAUCAGGCUGGUGUUCCAGCGAAUAAGAACGCUGAACGCCGACCUCAUGACCCUGACGUUCAGCGACUCCACAGAUAUCGAUCCCAUCGUGACAAGACGGUAUUACUACUCCAUUAAGGACAUCUCAGUCGGAGGGAUGUGUAUUUGUUACGGCCACGCCAAAGCUUGCCCGCUCAGCGCCGCCACAAAGAAGUUCAGCUGUGAAUGUGAACACAACACGUGUGGCGAGAGCUGUGACCACUGUUGCCCAGGUUACCACCAGCAGCCAUGGAUGGCAGGAACCUUCCUCACUCGACACGUCUGCGAGAAGUGUAACUGCCACAAUAAGGCAGAGGAGUGCUACUUUAACCAGACAGUCGCUGAUUUGUCGCUCAGUCUGGACAUCCAUGGUAAGUACAGGGGGGGCGGAGUCUGUAUCGGCUGCCGUGGCAACACAGCUGGAGUCAACUGCCAGAGCUGCAUUCCUGGUUACUAUAGACCCCCAGAGGUGAGUGCAGAUGAGGACCAUCCCUGCAUCUCAUGCUCGUGUGACCCACAGGGUUCUGUCAGCCAAUCAUGCGUCGCAGAUCCGAGCCAAGCCACUUCCAGUCAGCCAGCGGGGUCAUGCUGGUGCAAAGAAGGUUUUGGGGGCUUGCGAUGUGACAGAUGUGCUGUUGGUUACAAGGACUUCCCAUCCUGCCAGCGGUGCGAAUGCAGCGUGGAAGGAAGCACCAACACUGACCCGUGCAUAACUCCCUGCGUGUGCAAGGAAAACGUGGAGGGAGAGAACUGCGACCGCUGCAAACAUGGAUUCUACAACCUGCAGCGCGGCAACAGACGCGGCUGUGACAAGUGCUUCUGCAUGGGUGUUUCCAGCCAGUGCUCGCCCUCCACCUGGAGCUACGACAAUGAGACCACUCUGGCUGGAUGGCACCUGGUUGGAGAAACAGGAGGGAGGGUGUGGCCUAUCCACAGGCAGACGCCUUCCUCUCUCAGCAUCAGACACCUGGAGGUUGUGGAUAAUCUUGGCUCCGCCUACUACUGGAGUGCACCUGCUUCAUACCUGGGAAACAAGUUGGCAGCUUAUGGAGGAAAAGUCACUUUCAUGGUGUCGUAUACUACAGACCAACAGGAGCAAAUCAGAGUCACCUCAGAGCCGGACCUUGUUAUAGAGGGAGGUGGGAUGAAGAUUGUUGAUAAACGGUAUGGCCAGCCGGUGUACCCAUCCUCAACCAGCACCAAGCACAUUGUUCUCCUCCCAGAGAACUUCCUGGUUUCGGAAACGGGGCAGCCAAUCAGUAGAAGGGAUUUUAUGUCUGUGCUGGUUAAUGUGACAAGCAUGAUGGUGCGUGCAUCCUACAGCACAGAAACCAGUGCUGUUUACAGACUCCACUCAUUCCUAAUGCAGGUAGCAAAUCCUUUUGCCAAAGGAGAGAGAGCAUCAGCUGUAGAGAUGUGUACCUGUCCUCCUGGAUACGCCGGAUUAUCAUGCGAGGCUUGUACUUCAGGUCAUCGGAGGAUCAACGGGAAUCUGUAUAACGGUGUCUGUGAACCUUGCCAUUGUCAUGGACACAGCACAUGGUGCCACGAAGUCACAGGGCAUUGCCUGAAUUGCUCCCAUAACACCAUGGGCCAACACUGUGACACCUGUCUUCCUGGUUACUAUGGAAAUGCCACUCGUGGGUCACCUGAGGACUGCCAGCCAUGUGCCUGCCCACUCAGUAUUCCCAGUAACAACUUCAGCCCCACCUGCCGCCUAGGUGAACAAGGGGAGGUGCUUUGUGACCAGUGUCGGCCAGGUUACGCUGGGCCACGAUGCGACAGAUGUGCCAAUGGAUUCUACGGCCAGCCCAGUAUACCAGAAGGAUCCUGUCAACCCUGUGACUGCACUGGCAACUUGGAUUUAUCCCUACCUGGCAGCUGUGAUCCUAUCACAGGCCAGUGUUUGAGGUGUCGCCAGGGUUACGGUGGAGACACUUGUGAGAUCUGCGUGGACGGGUACUAUGGAGAUGCUGUCAUAGCGAAGAACUGCACACCCUGCCAGUGCCACUCGAAUGGUUCUGUGUCUGAAGUGUGCAACAGGGAGAGCGGGCAGUGUCAGUGCAGAGAAAACGUGGUUGGACGACAGUGUGACAAGUGCAUGCCUAACUGCUGGUGGGACGCUGAGCAUCAGGAGUGUUUUCCCUGUAUGUGCAGUCCCCUCGGCUCAGCGUCCCAGCGCUGUGACACGGAGGGUCACUGCACCUGUCGCCCCGGCUUCAUGGGCCGACGUUGUGACUUGCGUCGCCUUGGUUACGAAAGGCGGGAGACGCGGCGACCUGUGGAGCGCAUCCCCCUUGAAGCUGUGCAGCAGAGGUGGCGGGGAGCCUCCCGUGUGGGGGGCUGUCCCAGAGGAGCGUACAAACCUCAGACAGGGCCUGAGACUCAUGGCCUAGCUACAGGUGGGGUGUGUGUCCCAUGUCACUGCAACUCGUAUGGUUCCAAGUCCUUCGACUGUGAUGAACUGGGUCAGUGUCGGUGUCAGCCGGGCAUCAGCGGAGCCAAAUGUGACCGAUGCUCCAGAGGAUUCUUCAACUUUCAGGAGGGCGGCUGUACAGCCUGUCAGUGCAGCCAUGUGGGAAAUAACUGUGAUGCCAACACCGGACAAUGUACUUGUCCUCCCAACACAAUAGGAGAGCGGUGUGAUCGCUGUGCUCCAAACCACUGGAGCCACGAUAUUGUAAUUGGAUGCAAGGAGUGUGGCUGCAACGUGAUUGGUUCAGUGACCCAGCAGUGCAACGCCAACACUGGCUGCUGCUUCUGUCGCGAUUCCUUCAGAGGAGAGAAAUGUGACGAAUGUCGGAUUGGAUUCAGAGACUUCCCUCAGUGCAUCCAGUGCCAGUGUAGCAUCGCAGGGUCGGACAGCCAGACCUGCGACCUGGAGAGGAGGGCGUGUGCCUGUGCAGACCGAACAGGAAAAUGUAGCUGCAAGGAAAAUGUUGAAGGUGACAACUGUGAUGUGUGUAAGCCUGAAAGGUUUGGAUUAUCGGUGAAAAAUCCACUGGGCUGCAGCAGAUGUUACUGUUACGGGCUGACCCACUCCUGCACUGAGGCACAGGGACUUGUAAGGAUGCGGUUAACACUGAGGCCAGAGCAGACGGUGCUCCCCCUGGUGGAUAAAUCCAACACCGUGGAGAGGAGGACCGGCGUCAGCUUCCAGCACCCGGAGAUUCUGGCUCAUGCAGAUCGGGUCACUCCAGGUCUGUCUGAACCCUACUACUGGAAACUGCCAGAGCAGUUCACAGGCUCUAUGAUCACAGCUUACGGUGGGCAGCUGAAGUAUGCGGCGUACUACGAAGCCAGGGAUGAAACGGGUCCGUCUUCCUACGAGCCCCAGGUCAUCAUUAAGGGUGGUCCAAACCGUAACGUCGUUAUCACGCGACACAUCCCAGGGCUUCAGAUCGGACAGCUCACCCGCCAUGAGAUCGACAUGACAGAGCACGAGUGGAAAUAUGCAGAUGGUCUGUCGUUGACUCGAGAGGACUUCAUGGACAUUUUGUUCUAUGUGGACUACAUCCUAAUUAAAGCUUCUCAUGGCAACUUGAUGAGACAUAGCCGGAUUUCAGAGAUCAGCCUAACUGUGGCAGAAGCAGGAACGCCAACAGAAGAAAACCAGAGAGCCCAUCAGAUAGAAAAGUGUGACUGUCCAGCCGGAUACUCCGGACUCUCAUGUGAGGAAUGUGCAGCAGGUUUCUACCGUCUCCGCUCCGGGUCGCUGGGUCCAACUCCAGCCUCCAGAGCGCCCACCGCUGCUGGCAUGGGCAGCUGUGUUCAGUGUCAGUGCGGUGGGCACUCGUCCACGUGUGACCCUGAGACAUCCAUAUGCCUGAACUGUCAAGACAACACAGAGGGGGAUCAUUGUGAACGUUGCGCUCCCGGAUUCUACGGUGUGGUCCAAGGUUUUUCUGAUGACUGCAAGCCCUGCGCCUGCCCCCUCACCAACCCGGAGAAUAAUUUUAGUCCUACCUGCGUAGCUGAGGGAUUCGACGACUACCGUUGCACCGCUUGUCCCGAGGGAUAUGAAGGGAAAUACUGUGAAAGGUGCUCCACUGGUUACCACGGUAACCCAAGGAUGCCAGGUGGUCGCUGUGAGGAGUGUAAGUGUGCCUCAUGGGGGGCGUUGCCCGGACCAUGUGACCCUGUCACGGGCCAGUGCCACUGCAGGGUCGGGGCCUCGGGGGUUGCGUGUGACCAGUGCAUGGAUAGGCAUGUGUGUGGACCAUCAGGGAUCAUCUCCUGUGAUGACGAGUGCUCGGGUUUGCUGAUCAGCGAUAUGGACCGGCUCUAUCGUAUCAUCACCGACGUCACCCUGACCUCACCCCUGCCACCUCCUUAUAAGGUUUUAUACCGCUUUGAGAACAUGACAGAGGAGCUGAAGCACAUGCUGUCCCCUCAGAAAGCUCCCGAACGAUUACUGCAGCUGGCUGACUCUAAUAUGGGAUCACUGGUUGUUGAGAUGGACCAGCUCCACAGUCGGGCCACUAAGGUGUCUGCUGACGGAGAGCAGGUGGAGGACGAUGCUGACAGGAUUCAUAAACGAGCUGAAGACCUGGAGCAGUUCAUCAAGGACACACUGCUGGGAGCCAAAGACCUUCAAUCCAAGGCUGCUGAGCUGAAUGAAACCCUCUCACGGAAAGAUGGAACGCCUGACAAGAGCCUGAGUGAGAUGAAGGAGGAGAUCCAGGCGAUGCUAGCUGAGAUGAGAAAACGACAGCUGGGAGGAAAGAAAAGCAUCGCAGAAGAGGAGGAGAACCUGGCCGAGGAGUUGUACCAGAAAGUCAAGCGACUGUUCGGAGACCCCCACCAGGCCACAGAGGACCUGAAAGCUGAGAUUAAAGAGAAGCUGUCGGAUCAUGAGGCGAAGCUGCAGGAGGCUCAGGACUUACUCAGCUCCGCCCAGGGAAAGACGAGGCAGGCCGGGUCGCUAGCUGAGCAGAACCGAGCCAACCUCACGCUCCUGGAGAGGAAGCGCUCUGCAGCCGGCGCGAUAAAGCAGGAAGCACAAGAGUCCCUCGGAGAAGGAGAAAAUCUGCUGGAGGAGGCGAACCAGCUCUCCGACAACAUCAACAAGGAACUAGAGGACUUGGAAGAGAUGAGCCGAGACCUCGGUCCUCUUCGUGAUCAGCUGGAGGACAAAGUCCAAGGCCUCACCGACGGCUUGAGUGGUGAUAAUUUGGCGAAACAGGUGGACGAGGCAGAAGAGCACGCCAGGCAGCUGAACGAAUCUGCAGCCCUUCUAGACGGUAUUUUGGCUGAAGCUAAAAACCUCUCCUUCAACGCCACCGCUGCCUUCCACGCUUACGCGAAUAUCAAAGCCAACGUUGAUGCAGCGGAGAAGGAGGCGAAGGUCGCCAAACAGAGGGCCGGCGAGGCGCUGGCUCUGGCUUUAGGUCCUGAUGUUCCAGUAAAGGAAGCGGCUCAGAGAGGCCUCCAGGAGAGCGAGACACUGCUGAGCAAAGCCAGACAACUGGAACACGACGUUAACGAGAAUGCAGAUGAUGUGGCGGGGCUCAAAGGCAGAGUUAAAGCAGCGAGAGACAAAACCAGGGACCUCUUCAAAGCUGCUAAUGGAACCAUGGUGAUGCUUGGCGCCAUCCCCAAUGAUACAGCCGCUAAACUAGCAGCUACAAAGGCUGUAGCAGCUGAGGCUAACGCCACGGCCACAGAUGUCCUGGAGCGCCUCAGGGACUUGAACCUGCGGAUCGGUGGCCUGCAGCAGAACUACAGCGAGCUGGAGGACACCGUCAAUUCAGCCAAUCAGAUUAUCCAAGACCCGGAGCAAAACAUUCACGCUGCAGGAGCUAAAGUGAAAGACUUGGAGGACGAAGCUGACCGACUCUUGGAGAAGCUGCAGCCAAUCAAAAAGCUGCAGGACAAUUUGAGACGCAACAUUUCCCAGAUCAAAGAACUGAUCAACCAGGCCAGGAAACAAGCAAACUCGAUCAAAGUUUCGGUUUCGUCUGGAGGUGACUGUCUCCGUAGUUACCGCCCUGACAUCAGGAAAGGCAGAUACAACACCAUCAUCCUGCACGUUAAAACCACCACACCUGACAACCUCCUCUUUUACCUUGGAUCUGCUAAGUAUGUGGACUUUUUGGCCUUGGAAAUGCGGAAGGGGAAAGUGAAUUUCCUCUGGGACGUGGGUUCAGGUGUGGGUAGGGUCGAAUAUCCACAUCUCACCAUCCACGAUGGGAACUGGCACCGGAUCGAGGCGUCUCGUAACGGUCUGAACGGCACCAUAUCCAUAUAUCCUCUAGAAGGCACCAAGGCUGGCAUGAUGCCGACCCCGGCCAGUUCCAACUCACCCACGGCUUUCACCAUCUUGGACGUCGACCAGAACGCCUACCUGUUUGUAGGCGGGAUAUUUGGCACCAUCAAGAAAGCAGAAGCAGUGAGAACAUCAACGUUCUCCGGCUGUAUGGGAGAGACCUUCUUGGAUGGUAAACCCAUCGGUCUGUGGAACUACAGAAAGAGAGAGGGGGACUGUAAAGGUUGUGUUGUCAGCCCUCAGCGGACCAUCGGUGAGGGAACAGUUCAGCUGGAUGGUGAAGGCUACGCUGCGGUGGGAAGACCGACCAGGUGGAACCCCAACGUUUCCACCAUCACCUUCAAGUUUCGCACUUUCUCCUCUGACGCUCUGCUCAUGUACCUGGCCACAGAAGACAUGAAGGACUUCAUGUCCCUGGAACUGUCGGAAGGAAAAGUGAAGGUGAACUUUGACCUUGGAUCAGGAGUCGGCGCCGCACUUUCUGCUAGCCGCCACAACGAUGGCCGCUGGAAAGCCCUCACCAUGUCUAGGAAUAAGAAACAUGCCACCGUGAUUGUUGUGGACAUUGACGGCGGCGCAGAGGAGAGGAUCACGGCCUCUUCCCAGGGUUUGGCCACCGGUCUGAAUCUCAGGGAAAACCAGAAGAUUUAUUUUGGCGGUUUACCAACAAUCGGAAACUACAGGUCAGAGGUGACUCUGAAGAAAUAUGCAGGUUGUCUCGGAGACAUUGAGGUCUCCAGAACUCCGUACAAUCUCCUGAGCAGCUCAGAUUAUAACGGGGUCACUAAAGGAUGUGAGGUGGAGAACCUGUACACAGUCAGUUUCUCCAAGCCGGGCUACGUGGAGCUGAGUGGCUUCUCCCUCAACGUCGACACAGAGAUCAGCCUGUCAUUCGGCACCCUGAAAGACACGGGGACUAUCCUGCUGGCAGUGGGCGGAGCUUCACCAGGCAGCCUGCAGGCCCGCAGGGCGAACCUGCUGAGCCCUCAGAGGAGACGAAGACAGUCGGGAGAGCCCUACAUCUCAGUCAUGCUGAACAAAGGAUCUCUUGAAGUCCUGAUCUUCACCGGCAGCCAUAACCCACGCCGAGUCAUCCGGCGACCUGAGCAGGGCGUUCUGAACGAUGGCAGAGAGCAUUCGCUGCGUAUAGAGAGGCUUCCUGGCAGAUUGUUUGCAGUCCAGGUGGAUGAGGAGCCCAAAAGGGAGGCAGCACUCCCCAACGACCAACCGAUGAGCUUGCAGCGUGUUUUCCUUGGUGGUAUUCCUGCAGAGGUGGAGCGGACAUCCAACAGAGCCAACAUCCCGUUCCAGGGAUGCAUAUGGAACCUCAUGGUUAAUGCAGUCUUGUCAGAUUUCUCCCAGCCGGUUUCCUUUGAAAACGCUGAAAUCGGCCAGUGCCCUAACCUGGCUCCACCACCUCCUCCUCUUCCUCUGCCGGGAGAAGAGGAGCAAAAGCCAGCCACUCCUCCUCCUGCUGAGGCCACGCCCCUUUCUGCUGUAGCUCCACCCACUGCUAGAUCGGAUCCUGCCACAGACCUGGAUUCGUGUGCUUCGGCUGAGGCCCCGGUGGUGCUGGAGCAGGCCCACCAGUUUGGACUGACCAGGAACAGUCACAUGAGCUUUGCAUUUGAUGACACCAAAGUCAGAGAGAAGGUGGUUCUGGAGCUUGAGCUGAGGACGAAGGAGCAGUCGGGUCUUGUCCUGUACAUGGCGAGGAUCAACCAUGCCGACUUCGUCUCCAUUCAGGUCAAGGACGGACAGGUCUGUCUUGGUUACGAUCUUGGCCAUGGAAACACUUCUGGCUGUGUCCCCUUCUCCAUUAAUGAUGGCAGCUGGCACAAGAUCCGCGUGAAUCGGCACAAGCAGCGAGCUCUCCUGAGCGUUGAUGGGAAUUAUACCAAACACAUGACCAGUCCAAAGAAGGCGGACCUUUUGGAUGUGGUGGGACUGGUGUAUGUCGGUGGGCUACCAUUAAACUACACAACCAAACGGAUCGGCCCAAUCCUCCACAGCAUUAAUGGAUGCCUUCGUAACCUGAGGAUGGGUGGAGGUCUCACCUCAGUUGCUACAGGUCGUUCCAAGUUAAUCGACAUGGACUUGAAGCUGGACAUGGCCACGCCCACUUCCAGUCACAUGGUUGGGAGGUGUUUUGUUGCCACUGAAACUGGAACCUAUUUUGAUGGAACUGGGUAUCUGCAAGCAGUUGCCUCCUACAGAGUGGGCCUGGACGUGUCGAUAACGCUGGAGUUUCGCACCAGCAGAACCAGUGGGGUGCUACUGGCCGUUAGUAACAAAGCCAGUGAUGGACUGGGUCUGGAGAUAGUCCAGGGCAAGCUGCUGUUCCACGUGGACAACGGCGCGGGUCGCAUCACGGCGCUGCAUGUGCCUGAAGGAAAAGGCUUCUGUGAUGGACGCUGGCACACUCUCACCGCCAACAAGAUCCGUCACCGGGUGGAGCUGAUCAUUGAUGGGAAGCGGAGCCAAGCGCAGUCUCCUAAUCCACGCUCCAACACCUGCGACACCAAUGAUCCUGUCUACGUUGGAGGACAUCCUGCUGGAGUUCGGCAGGCAGCUUUGUCCACAAACACGUCCUUCAAAGGAUGCAUGAAGAACCUAAAGAUCACCAAGGCUUCCAAGACCAUGGAUGUCCAUUUUAACAAGGCUGUAAAGAUCAAAGGAGUUCAACCUCUGUCCUGUCCAGCUGUAGCUGCUUAGGGGGCAGUGCCAUUGGUCUACAGGUGGAUUCCCGGUGCAGAAGUAGUCUUCUGGCCAGAGCAGUAACUAAGGACUGACCACUCUGUGGUAUUUUCCUCCAAAGGGUCAUACAGAUGUGUUAGAACACUAAAGUAGCUGCUUUAGCGUUCUAGCACUUCUUGUGUGACCUUUAGAGGAAAACUACAGACUAACCAGUCCUUAGUUACUGACCUGUUUAACUUCAGAGGACGUAAUUGUGGUUUGUGGAACUCCACCCCCUUUGAGUGAGGUUACUUGCACAGAUAAAAUGUGAUUGUAAUAAAUCUGAUGUUUAUUCAAUAAGCCUGAUUAACUUACCCCCCACUGCAGAGGUCUCAGCUUGUUUUAGCUGUUUCCCUGCUCCAGCCAUUGAAUCAAGUGUGUUUGAGCAGAGAAACAACUAAAACAUGCUGGAUAGCCUCCUGGUCUCCACUCCUAUUCAGAGCUGCUCGGUGAACUGGCUGUCUCAAACUCAGGUUCUAGCGCUGCUAUCCAGCACGUUUUAGUUGUUUCUCUGCUCAUACACACCUGAUUUAGUGUGUUGCAGCAGGAAAACGGCUACAACAUGCUGGAUAGCAGUUUUAGACCGUACACAGUCCACCUGAAGCCCAAAACAAAAGAGUGUAGGGGGUUGAGGCAAAGCUUCCUACAAACUCACCUGUUCAAUGGAUGCAGAGAGCUUAGACGUUACACUACAUCAGGCCUAAAAAGUAAACAAACAACCAAACAGAACUGUGAGUCCAUCCUGUUGUAGUCCCAGUUACAUCAAAACACAUCUAACCAGACUGGAAACAUGAUCACCACUAGAGUACUGUACCUGAAACACCACCUUGUACAGGUCAAUAAAUUUGUAAUGGUUACAACAUGA